AAUCAAAUACAGAUCAAGCGUGCUGCAUUUAUCAUUCCAAUCAAAAUGCUCAACUUAACAUCGAAGCACAACUUGACCUGGCUGUCGAUGUCAUUGCUGCUGCUGCUGCUAGUAGUCAUCGGAUGCUCUUCGACAACAUCUACGAAUGACGAAUCAGCCAAGCGUAGAGAUUUACGCCAUCGUCCCUCCUCCUCAUCGCCGUCCUCGAGUGGCACCAAUAGCAACAGCAACGGCUAUGCCUAUCACUUUUCCUCGGUCCACGGAGAUCACGGGGGAAGCAGUGGAUCUUCGUCUGCCAUGGCCUUUUCGUUUCAGCAUCGGCUGCAGCACUUCACAGAUGCCGCCGUCAACGACAUCGAGGAAGACGACCAAACACACCGCCAAGUGGUGAAUAAUCAGCAACAACAACAACAACAGCAGAAGUCUCCUCUGUAUCACACCGUAAUCGCUCCUUCUACUUCUACGACGACAAGAGUGCAGCAUCAAGGAGUCGCAGUCCCUCAACCUGCUUCCGGCAUAGCAUUGGCCGUGGUAGCUGUCAAUUCCAAGCCUCGUUUCCCAACACGGGCACGUUCCUGGGCGAUAACGGCCGCGGACAGACGCCGUACGACGGUCGAUGCCACCAGUCUGAGACGAUAUUCAAACGGUAGCGGUGCCCAUUAUUGACAUCUGCUGCUGUGAUGGACAAGAUACACACCCAGAUA